AUGGGUGCAGAGAAGCCAGGCCCAUAUUGUGCUGGCAUCAAUCCCGUGCUCAACCUCGGACUUCUUGAUCAACGGGUUGCUCUCGAAUGGGUCCGCUCAAACAUUGCAAACUUCGGAGGUGAUGUAUCGAGAAUCACCCUUUGGGGGCAGUCUGCUGGAGCCGGUUCCACUGAUUACUACAACUUCGCUUAUCCAACUGAUCCUAUAAUCUCGGGCAUGAUUAUGGAUUCAUCCUCAGCACUUGGAGCAGCACCCAGCCCAGACCCACAAGGUUUGAACUUUACGUUUGUUGCCGGUAAUCUUGGCUGUGGAAACUUGACUGCUGCUGCUGAGCUUGCGUGCAUGAAAAAUAUCAGCCAGUCACAUAUCGAGGCGUUCUUGAAGUCCUACCAGGAUGCUGGAACAGCUCCUACCAUCAGCUUUACUCCUAUCGUGGAUAACAUCACACGAUUCGAUAACUACACAGCUCGAGCUCUGGCUGGGAACUUUUCAAAAGUGCCCGCUAUUCACGGGACGAACAACAAUGAAGGAUCAUCACUCACUGCUUGGAUCAACAACGGAACCACCUACAAUGAAACUGCAGCCAACAUCAAUACUGUACAACGAGCAUGUUGGGCUCAACAGACUACUCAUAAUCACUACGCAGCAAAUACAACAACAUUUCGCUACUACUACACUGGAAACUUUUCCAAUAUCUCUCCUCGCACAUGGGAAGGUGCCUACCAUUCAUCCGAACUGCCACUGAUAUUCGGUACCCACGACAUCGCACAUUCGGCAUCGACGGCAUUUGAAUACGCUGUUUCGCAUCGCAUGCAAGAUCUUUGGCUUGCUUUCAUGCAAGAUCCUGUCAAUGGCUUGCCGGCACAGGGAUGGAAUGCCUAUGCUCCAGGUGGUGAUGCAAUCGAGUUUGCGUGGAACGGUUAGAUGACACAGAUGAUACCGUUGAGCAAGUUUGAUGCCAAUUGUGAAGGGAGCCCAGCAACUACUCCCGCUCCAGGUGCUGUGCCACUUGAUCAUAACUCGGGACUCUGAGGACUUUCGAGGGUCGAAAGUUCUGUUCGAGAUUGUUCUACAAACUAUACUUCAAUCUAAUAUGAUGUUCGCUGAAAUCAUCCAUGAUUGAAAGAAAAU